AAAUGUUUCUUGCAAGAAAAUUAAACUUUCUAUGUGCUCUGAUAGAUUUCAUAUGGAUAGUUCUAAAAAUACACACAGGAAAGUGAAACCUUGUUCUAUUUUUACUAAAGAUAUUGGUGCAUCAUUUAAAGUUAAACAUGUUCCUGCUCAAUCAUCAUACUCCUUUACUGAUUUGCAUGACAUUAUUCUUAAAAAGGAUACCUCCACCGUACCUCAAAAACUUAAUGUGGAAUGUUCUGUUCCAUUUUUGCAAUCUGGUUAUUUUAAAAGAUAUGAAAAGAAGGCUAAACGUCAUAAAAUAGACUCUAGUUUUAAUGUUUCAGAUCUAUCUUCUAAUUUUUCAUGUUUAAAGGAAGAUGUAAAUGUUCAAUCAAAGUCAAAUCUACUUUCUGUUGCUCUUGACAGAGUAAAAAUUAGUGAUACUUCUAAAACUGAAUCUGAUUGGUUGCGACUAUUUCCUGAUAAGGAUUCAAACAGAGAAACAAAACAAUUCACUUCAAAUUCCUUCAAACACACUUCAAGAAAUUUACCUAUUUGCCUUGAAAAUAAGGAUGAUAGGAAACAAACAGAGAUAGCAAAAUGUCCAUGGGAAACUGUUCAAAAUCGCAUUGAAAAUACUGUCAAAUCUAAUUUGGCCAGCAUAUCUACAGAAAGUUUUUUAAAUUCUGACAAUUUUCCAGAAAAUAUAGAUAUUCAAUAUCCAAGCUCACAAUCACAGUCUGAUUGCAUCAAUGACAGUGAACCUGAUGAAGUUCAAAGUCUUGGAAAGACACUUAGUGUAACUAAUGAUGAUGAUGAUUAUGUCAAUAGUGGUGUGGUUCGUUCGGUAGCAUCUGUUAAUUACUCAUCGACACUAAAUGAAAUGAAAAUUGAAUCAGAAGGUAAAGGCAGCAGUUGGAUUCAUUCUCUGAAAUGGAAUGAAGAUACUUGUGUGAAAGAUUCUGUAAGCAAGGAAGAAUACAAUGAAAAGCUGAAAAUAAAAGGCUUUUUAUCCGGUGGAUUAGCAGAAAAGGCGGUAAAACUUCAAAGAAGAAUUCGCUCUGAUAAAGUUAUAUGGGAUCACAAAAUUCAUGAUGUUAGAAAUAAAGCUUGCAACAAGUUUUUAACUUUGUUAAUUCUCACUGUCUUGCACUGUGGUGAAAUUAUUGUUACUAAGUGUUCGAAGUACUCUAAUGAAGAAAAUCAUGAGCUUAAUGUUUCAUCUGAAAGAAGUUUUCAGGAAAAUGAAUUGGUUGAGAAUGAUGACAAAUUGCUACAUUCAAAUAGUUUUAUUAUUCUUUUCAAGAAAAAUGACUUUUACAAAUUCAAGCUCAAAGCAAAACAAAUUUUCAGACUAUUUUAUCCGUGGGAAAUUAUGAGUGUGCCAUCAAUUCAAUAUCCUAUCAUUCUUCGCACUGAUUAUCUGGAAGCAAUGUCACCAAGAAAUGAUGACCUUUCUUCAGCAUUGUGUUUGCAAAGCAGCAAAAUUGAGAAUGAGAAUUUGCAUGAAGUCAUGGAAUAUGUUCUUCCUGAAAUUUCUAGAAAUGUUGAAUUUCUGGACAAAUUGAAUCAUUUUGGCUUGGGGGACACUAUAACUUCUGUAUCAGGGAGAAUUCAAAGAAUUUGGCAGCAUCAGACUUCACCAAAACUUCAAGCACUUACCAGUAAUGAUUAUCAUACCAGAUUUUCUGUUUUGCUGCAGACUGAAAGGAACAACUUUAUUAUUUUCAAACUGAUGUCUAGUUUUGAGAAUCUGCAAAAAACUGUCACAGACUUUAUUUCCUAUAGUGAAGGAAAUUGUUAUAGGUUUCAUGAUUGCCAAGUUACUUACAAAUAUUCCAAACAUGAGUAUUCAUCUUUGUUUCAAAUAUUGGAAUAUUUACUGUACACAAAAAGUAAUACACUUGAAGAUGCACUUUCACUACCAGAUUUUUGCUAUGAACUAUUUUCUAACAGUAGUUUUCAAGAACCAGAUGUUGUCUCAGCGGAACAUUUCCCACCAUAUUUUGACUUUGAAAUCAGUCCACUUGCCUUGCUACUACAGUCAGCCUCAUCUCACCUUCGCUUCAGUUGUAUUGCCAAGGUACUUUGCCACAUUAAUGGCAUUUUUUAUGUAACUGACGAAACAUUACUGGAAUCGAAGCAUGUGAAGUAUAUGAGACUUCAAGGUUGUUUUAAUUGCAGACCAAGUGAUUCUAUUGUGGGUAGUGAAGUUUUAAUAAAAGAAGCAUGUUUUUUUGAAAAUAUUCUAUUACUGGAUGAAUUUAGUCGAGUCAUACCUCUUCAUGAUGAAUCAAAAUUAUUAUCAGAUUUUUUAUCAAGAUUAAAUUUCAUCUCCUCAAUUAGUUUAUCCAAUUUAUUAUCUCCGUUGCAUGAAGAAUCAAAAGUUGAAGAUUUGGUGACUGCAGAAGGUGUUAUCGUUGAAGUCAAUGAAAAUUCAGCAUUGUCAUGGUUAGAAUGUUGUUAUUGUCACAAGGAAAACCUAUUACAAGAUAACAAUUCAGUUAUUUAUUGUGAGGAUUGUGAAUGUGUUGUUUCAAAGCCAAUUCUAAAUGUAAAAUUGGAAGUUAUCAUCAAUUGCAAAGCUUUACCUGAUGCAGUUUUAGUAUUUGUUCAGCUUUUGCCUUCAACAAUAAAAAGAAUGUUAAACAUCAGUGAGGAUACCCAUCAACCUCAGUGUAGAAUUGGUGAUGUUAUGCAUAAAGGAGUUAACUCUUUGUUUUGCCAUGUUAGACACUGUGAAGUAAAAGGAAAGCAGAAACUGUUUUACCUGACAGAAAUAUCUUAGCAUCAAUUAUGCUAUUUUAAAUUCAUUGUAUAUUUAUCAUUAAUAACCUCACCUGUGAUAACACUUGUAAUAAAAUUCCCAUUUUUU